UUCGCAUUUUGGUAGUGAUCCUACUUAUACUGCCCGAGUCUUUGGUUCAUUAUCUAAAUAAGUCAACGCUUCAGAAUGGAUUUCUUGCUAAAAUCGGCAAUCUGCCUUCCAUCAACUGUGUCCAUGGAUACAAAAAAAUGGCUUACUUGGAACCAAGACGAAGCAUUGGGCAGGGCAUUGAAGAGGUAUGGAAAAACUCUGAAACAACUGGAAGGUGAUAUCCAAACUAUCAAAGACUGGAUGAAGACGCAACAUCACUUACCAGAAUUAGGAAGUGAUGGUUUGAUCAAAAACUUUUUAUUAGGAAAUAAGCUUAGCAUAGAACAAACUAAAGAAAAGGUGGAUAUGUAUUACACUAUCCGUCACAUGAUGCCGGAAGUAUAUGACCAUUCUAAUAUUAACAAGCCACAAAUGAAGAAAAUUGCUGAUCAAUUAUAUUUCUUUCCUUUGCCCAAAAGAACUGAAGAAGGUUCAAGAGUUACAGUCUGCAAACUAAUGGACACCAGCUCCGACAACUUCGAUUUUUAUAAGUUCUUAGCUUAUGGUUGCAGCAAUAUGGAGGUGCGAUUCCAGGAGGAUCUAUUGUAUGACGAAAUUAUUGUUAUCGAUUUAGAAAACGUGAAAAUGGGACAUAUCUUCAAAUCGUCGCCAUUCCAUUUGAAGAAAAUGCUGACAAUACUUGAGAAAGUUUAUUCCAACAAGCUGAAGAAGAUUCACAUGGUCAACUGUCCUACAUUUGCUGUUAAUACAAUCAAUGCACUCAAACAACUUAUCAAGCCCAAAUUGGCCAGCCGGAUAUUCGUCCACGAGGGUACAGAAACUCUUUCUAACCAUAUUUCAGUGAAAGUUCUUCCUGGAGACUAUCAUGGCUUGGAACUCUCUCUUCAAGAGUUAAACGAAAUGUGGAAAAUUAAACUACAAGAUCACAAGGACCGCUUCGACGUACUCGAUAACCUAAGAACUAAUGAAAGUUUACGACCAUCAGCUUUACAAAAUGACGAGAUAUUGGGCUAUCAUGGCAACUUCAGAAAGUUAUCGCUAGACUAAAGCAACCAGUCAUUUCAAACUCGUCGUUGUUAAUUAUUCGUGAUAUUAAUUAAUAUUUACAAUGUAGAUGGUUAUCACGAAUAUAAAAUUUUGUACAAACUAAGGAAAAUCUUGGUGUCUGGUAAAAAGGGCAUAAAGGAAUGGAAAUAUUACAGUUUUAUGUAAUUCAUUAUAACAAUAGAAUAAUCACGUAGAUGCUAAUAUAAUAUAAUAAAAUUUUAAAAUAA